AUGGUGAAUUUCACCACCACCUUCAACGUGCCAACACAGAUCUUGAUCAAGUGUUCAAGGGAUUUCAGUGAAAAUGCCAUCACUACUGUCCAAAAAAACAAUUGGUUACCCUACAGAUGGGCAGAAAACUUAGACCUACAUGGAAAUCAACUUGAAAAGCUACAGAAGGAUUCAUUUGAAGGGCUCAUCUUACUAAAGAAAUUGAUUCUUUCUGGAAAUGUCAUCUCAAAAAUUGCAGGGUUUACAUUUCAAGCACUACCUUUCCUGGAGAAUCUUGAUCUUUCUGACAAUAAGUUAACAGCACUACUUGAUGGAACAUUCAAAUCUUGGCAUGGAUUACGUUUCUUUAGGAAAUUGAACUUGAACUCAAACCCAUUAGAAUUAAUAGAGAAUGAUGCAUUUGAUAAAUUACCUUCUUUGCAGUACCUUGACUUAAGUGGAACCAAGCUCUCGGUUCAAACGAUGUACCCAGCUUUUAUGGCAGUCCCAAACAUUGUACAACUUGAUUUGCCAGAUGGAGUGAGGUGCUGCCUUUGCUAUGUUGCCCGAACUGUUGAAAUUCUCUUCAAGACUGUGAAGUUUGAUUGUCCAAAUCGAUGUGCUAGUGACACCUCAUGUGUCUUCUACACCAUCCGCAGCUCCACAUAUCUUGGUAUCAUCCGCAAAUUUACCAGCCCAUCCAUCUACAUUCUCAUCUGGAUCACAUUACAAACAGCAGAUGCCCCAGCACAGGUCCCUGCCAAACUCUGCUAA